AUGGAAGAUCACUUCCUCAAGGACAAACAAGGUCUGUAUCUUUUGCUUUUCCUCAGUCUUUUUGGAACACUGUGUAUUUCUGUUCAUUACUCUGUCCCUGAAGAAAAGAAAAAUGGGUUUGUAGUGGCUAAUAUAUUGCAGGAUUUGCAAUUGAAAAAAGGAGAACUCUCUACUCGCAGAGCCUGUUUAAUUUUUGACAACACUAAGAAAUAUUUCCACCUUGAUACCCAAAAUGGGGAUUUGUUGAUAAAUGAUAAAAUAGACAGAGAAGCUUUAUGUGGUCAAAAGGAGCCUUGUUUAAUUUUUUCACAAAUUGUUCUAGAAAACCCACUGAAAAUCCAUCGUAUUGAAAUAGAGGUAGAAGAUGUGAAUGAUAACGCUCCUAAUUUCGCAAAAAAUACAUUUACUAUACAAAUACCAGAACAUGUCCAAGUGAACACCCGAAUUCAGAUGGAGUGUGCUCAGGAUGCUGAUCUAGGAAAAAAUGGUAUCCAAAAUUACACACUCACUAAAAAUUCACAUUUCAUAGUAGAAGUACAGACUGAUGAACAUGAAAAGAGAAAUGUUGAUCUUAUUCUGCAGAAACCACUAGACAGGGAGAAGGUGCCUUAUCUUCAAUUAACUCUGACGGCCAUUGAUGGAGGAGUGCCACAAAAAACAGGCACUGUUCAAAUUAAUAUUGAUAUUCUAGAUAUAAAUGACAACUCUCCUCAAUUUUCUCAAUCUGAAUAUAAGGCAAGAAUAAAGGAAAAUCUUCCUAAGGGCACACUGUUGAUUAAGGUGGAAGCUAGAGAUCCUGAUUUUGGUUCAAAUGCACAGAUACUCUACUCAUUCCAUCGAGUGUCUGAAAAAAUAAAUAACUUGUUCCUUUUAAAUGAAAGGACUGGAGAAAUCACUGUUAGGGGACAGAUUGAUUAUGAAAGUGAAAUCAGUUAUAGCAUAAACAUCAAAGCAAUGGAUGGAGGAGGACUGUCGGGUCACUGCAAGAUAUUUAUAGAGGUUGAAGAUGAGAAUGAUAACCCCCCAGAAGUGUCCAUCAUAUCUCUGAUCAGUACUUUAAAGGAGGACUCUCCUCUGGACACAAUGGUGGCCCUCUUAAGUGUGAGAGACCAAGACUCUGGAGACAACAGCAAAACGGCCUGCUCUGUGCAGAUGAAUCUCCCUUUUGUGCUGAAAGCCACCACAAACAACUUUUAUCAGCUUGUGCUCCAAAGUCCCCUAGACAGAGAGACAGUCACUGAAUACAACAUCACCAUCACUGCCAUUGAUUGGGGAGCUCCUAGGCUCACUUCAACAAGAUUGAUUAAUAUUCAGAUCUCCGAUGUCAAUGAUAAUUCUCCUCUUUUUGCAAAGUCUUCAUAUGACCUGCAAAUCAGAGAGAAUAAUAUUCCAGGCUUGCUCAUUGGCUCAGUCCAUGCUCUGGAUCUAGACACAACACUGAAUGCUAAAGUGAAUUACUUAGUUCUGCCUGGGAAGGGUGAUGGCAUGGUGACUUCUUACAUCUCAAUCAACUCUGAAACUGGAAACAUGUAUGCCCUCCGAUCCCUGGACUAUGAGCAGAUAAGAGGCUUCAGUGUCACUGUGAGGGCAUCUGAUGGUGGUUCUCCUUCCCUGAGCUCAGAAGUGAUUGUCCAAAUCCACAUCAUAGAUGAGAAUGACAACGCUCCCUUUUUCCUGUAUCCCCUCCAGAACAACACAUCCCCAUGCAAUGAGCUGCUUCCCAAGUCAGCCGAGGCCGGCUAUCUGGUCACCAAGGUGGUUGCAGUGGAUGCAGAUUCUGGCCAAAACUCCUGGCUUUCCUAUGAAUUGCUGAAGGCCACAGACCCAGCCCUUUUCAGCAUAGGAGCGCAGAAUGGGGAAGUGAAAACCAGGAGAGUCCUGAAUGAGCGAGACACAAAUAAGCAGAGGCUGGUGAUACUGGUCAGAGACAAUGGCCUUCCUCCACAGACCAGCACGGCGUUGCUUAAUGUUCUUCUUGUUGAUGGCUUUUCGGAUCCCUUCCUGAGGAGGGUGGAUGUCAGUGUGCAAGAACCGGAAGAAGAUAAAACCUUGACCAAGUAUCUGGUGAUCUGCUUGGCUGCAGUCUCCUUUGUGUUCCUGGUCUGCAUUGUUGUGUUUAUUGUGGUCAAAAUCUUCAAGAAGGACACCCAAAGCCAUUUUACUGCGGCUGUUCCUCACUUCAUACCUGCCAGAGCUGAUACUGCAGAAAAUUGUGCUGAUUCACAGAAUGGGUCGCUUUCCAGGACUUACCGUUAUGAUGUUUGUUUGACUGGUGGAUCCUUAAGUAGUGAAUUCCGAUUUCUCAGACCCCUCAUUCCUGUCUUUUCUAUGGGAGAUGUUUACAUCCCAGGGAAUCAUAGGACCUCUUCAGGCCCACAAGAUACAUCUGAACAGGUUGAAGAUAAUGGUACAAAGAAAGAAGUAGUUCCUGGUGGUCAAAAUCGCCAUGCUGCCACCCAAAAACACUGUUACUAUGAUCUCUGCUGCCUGGAACUGCCCGAGAAAGGGCAGGUGAAGCGGGCGCUGCAGAGAUUGCAGUGGCUGGAAAGGAGACAUUUCACUUUCGGGGAUGCCACUGGGCUCGGCUCCCAGGAGGCUUAG